CAGCAGGAGAAGUGGAUGAUCCCUAGAGGUGGAACACUGGAGGAACCCUAGGAUUUGCGGUCUUGCUCUGCCUCCAGGAAGCGCACCGAACUCCAGAACUGAAAGCAGCUACCGUCCUGCUCUCUGAAUGCUGUGAAGCGCUCUUUCUGCGCUGUGUUGUAACAUCUCAGCUCCAUCCGGGGAGAUCUCAGGGGAGAACCGAAAGCACCUUCAUCCCAUCUGGAGAAGAUGAACGAGGCUGAGCAUCUCCUUCCUCUCACGGAGUACAGCUUCGAGCGGCACUUCGACGAAAGGGUGGCAAUCCGGUGGAUGCAGGACAACUGGAGCAAGUCGUUCGUGUUCUGCGGCCUGUACGCAGCGCUCAUCUUCGGGGGUCAGCGCUUCAUGCGGGAGAGGCCCAAGCUGGAGCUGCGAAGACCUCUGGUGCUGUGGUCGCUCACCCUGGCUGUCUUCAGCAUCAUCGGGGCAUUACGCACCGGGGGGUAUAUGCUCCAUGUCCUCAACACCAGCGGCUUCAAGCAGUCUGUCUGUGACCAGGGAUUCUACAACGGGCCGGUUAGCAAGUUCUGGGCUUACGCAUUUGUCUUGAGCAAGGCUCCUGAACUCGGUGACACCAUCUUCAUCGUUCUGAGGAAGCAGCGGCUCAUCUUCCUGCACUGGUACCACCAUAUCACGGUCCUGCUCUACUCCUGGUACUCCUACAAAGACCAGGUGGCAGGCGGUGGCUGGUUCAUGACCAUGAACUACCUGGUCCACGCCCUCAUGUACAGCUACUACGCAGCGCGGGCAGCCGGCAUGCGUGUGCCCCGCCCCUGUGCCAUGGUCAUCACUACCACCCAGAUUGUGCAGAUGGCAAUGGGGCUGGCCGUCAGCGGCCUGGUAUACCGCUGGAUGCAGGAAGGCUGCCCUUCCUACAUGGACAACAUCAUGUGGGCUUCUCUUAUGUACUUCAGCUACCUUCUCCUCUUCUCUUCCUUCUUCUACCAGUCCUACCUCAAGGGAUCGAGCAGAAAGGAUAGCAAAGCAGAGUAAUUUCUGAUCGAGGCUUAGGGGUCUGGGAUUAACAACUAUUGGGCACCAUGUUGUUUGUUGCAUGUGAGCUUGUCAGUGAGAGACGGACCAUCUUGAUACAAACAACCUUUCCAACUCCCCAACGUCCUUGUUAUCUUCAGACUGAUGAGAUGGGUGCAGCAUACCUCACCUGCCUGGAACUAACACCCAGGCCUUGAUCUGCUCUCAAAAAUUAGUUGAAUUAAACUUUCUUGGCAAUGGCAAUAAUGUGUUUACACAAAGUCCCAUCCUGAUUCCCGAAUACAUACAAUAUUAACUGGCAGUAAAAAUCUUAAUUGUCAGGUACAAAAUGCUCUAAAUUCUUACAAGUGAAUUUUGAAGAUUUCAAAAUGCAUUUUAAUAAUGAAAUGCAUUAACGGGACACCUAAUUUGUAAUUACUCAAAUGGCUUUGAGAAUGAAUUUGAACAGGUUUAUAUUUAUGUUUUAAUUAAUUGAUCAUUAAGUUGGACUGAAAAGUAAUUAAACUACACAUAACGUCUAUAAUCGUUUGUCCCAAGCGGGGUUGCAGUGAACUGGAGCCUAAACCAGCAACACAGGGCGCAAGGCUGGAGGGGGAGGGGAAACACCCCGAACGGGACGAUAGCCUGCCGCAAGGUACCCUAAACAGGACUCGAACCCCAGACCCACCACAGGGCAGGCCCCGGCCAAACCCUCUCCAUCACUGCACUCCCCCCCCCGUUAUGAAACUAGACUACACACAAUUUUGUUAUUCCCUUUCAUACUUUACCCAACUAAAAUGACACAGUGAUGCAAAAUGGUAAACAUUUGCAUUACCUAACUGGAUUUGUUAUAAACAUGGGCUUGUCCACAUGAACAAUGCCAGUCAGAGAUCAAUCCAAACUGCCUGGACCAGAUAGGAUGCUAGUUCUUCUCCAAAGCUGGAAAAGCUUGAAGGGCUAUGAAAUAGUGAAGAUUCUGACAUUGUCUUUCUCAUUCUUUCUGAUCACCUUAUAAAAAUUUACUCUGGCCUCUUAACUGACAGAUGCAUGACCAGUCUGCUGCUGUUGGGAACAUUACUCCCUCUAGCGGAUGAUUGUGAAAAAUCACGAUUGGCUGUCGGCACUCAAAGACAUGUAGAAUUGGUAGGUUGCGCCCUCUGUCUGAGAAAUACACUUUAAACUCAUUGUUUGAGGGAAAAUGGGAGGAAAAGCAAGGGAAAGCUUCUUAGACAAGUCGUAUUAGUUAAUGUAUAUAAUAAUGAGAUAAGUAGAAUUAGUUUAUUUUUUUAAAAGUGCAUAGCAGCUAGAGGAAUGUAAGAGGAAACUAAUGGACUAUCAGUCCAUCAUUACACAGUGUCAAUGCAUCAUGUUGUCCUUUUUUAACAUAUUUAUGGACUGUAUUUAGUAUGUCAGAGCCCCAGAUUUUAAGCUCUAGCUAUUUGUGUAUGUCAGACACAACUGCUUUGGGUGACCAUGCAAAUGAAAACAUGACACCAAAGGCUGAUUGGUGGUUGAUUGACAUCAUGCUGCAAAAUGAAGACAAAAAUAAGUUGGUGGUGGGUUUUAAAAACAGUAUUUGGUUAUAGAACAAGUAAAUGUUUAUCAAAGGAAAAAGAGCUUGAAAUAUCCAAAAAUGAUUACGGAAAGCUUUCAUAGAAGAUAUUUUUCUGUUUUUGUAUCACAGUUCAUGUGUCUGAGGUAAUUGAUGCUGCUGUGUCUUGACUGAAAUGAAAAGAUUUUGUCUUGCUGUGAUUCCACUGUAUUCCUCCCUCGGUGUUCACCAAAGGAGUGUUGGUGGAUCUCAGGGAACAACUGACAACCAGUUCACCAACUGACAAGGUGAAUUUGGAUUCAAGACUCUUUUAUAUGACACACAGCAGCAUUCUGUCUCUUAUGAAAAACAUGUGAACUGUGCAAAUGAUGUCUUUACCAGAAUGGACUGGUUCCAGGGGAAAACUUGAAUUUUCAUAAAAAGUGGUAUGAGUCUCUUGUAAGAGAGGACCUUUCAGAUGUAUCUUGAGCAAUAAUUGAAUAUAUUUAUGACUGUAUUUAUUUGUUCUUGAAAAAAGUAAGUGGAUUAAAUGGCAACCAUUUUCGGGCUGCAGUAUGUGAAGCUAUAUGAAGUAAGUUGGGUGGAGCCUAAUUGGUAGGCGGAGCAUAACCAGUCCUAAGCUACAGUUAGCGUUUGGAAAGCA